AUGGCCACUGCACCCGUAGACGAAAAACCCACUGUUAAGCGCGACUUUCUCGUCGAUUUGGAGAAAAAGUAUCAAGCCGAAUGGCGAGAUGCCAAAGUAUUCGAGGUCGACGCGCCCGGCUUGGACGAGAUUACCGACUCUUCCUCUUCAAAAGUCGACUUGGAAAACGAGUUUGCUGCCCAACGUGCGUUACGUGAAAAAGAGCCCAAAUGGCUCGGCACGUUUCCGUAUCCUUACAUGAAUGGAUCGUUGCACAUGGGACACGGAUUCACAAUCUCGAAAAUCGAGUUUAAUGCUGGCUUUCAGAGGUUGAUGGGGAAACGGGCAUUGUUCCCUUGUGGAUUCCAUUGUACGGGUAUGCCCAUCAAGGCCGCUUCAGACAAGAUUAUUCGUGAAAUCGACAUGUUUGGUGAAGAUUUCGCUGGAUAUCAACCUCCAGCAGAAGACGAGCCCGAGCCAGUAGCAGCACCAACUCCCGCAGGUGCAUCUGCAACGUCUGCCGCUGCAGCCUCGACAGUCGGCAAAGCGAAAAAGGGCAAGGUCGCAGCAAAGAACACUGGACUUGAGUACCAAUUCCAAAUCAUGGAAGCCGCCGACAUUCCCCGUGCAGAGAUUAAAAAAUUCGUCGACCCCGCGUACUGGCUCACCUAUUUCCCUCCCAUUGCCAAAUCCGAUUUGACCGCGAUGGGAGCAAGAAUCGACUGGAGACGGUCAUUCGUCACGACAGACGCCAACCCAUACUACGACUCAUUUGUCCGGUGGCAGAUUAACAAGCUCCAUGCGCUCGACAAGAUUCGAUUCGGCAUGCGGUAUACAAUCUAUUCGCCCAAGGAUGCUCAGCCUUGCAUGGAUCAUGAUCGAAGCGAGGGUGAAGGGGGUGGGCCGACUGAAUAUACCGGUAUCAAGAUGGAGGUAGUUCAGUGGAGCGAUGCAGCGAAACAAGCACUUGGAGGCGUGAUCAAUGGCAAGAAGGUCUUCCUCGUCGCAGCGACGCUGCGUCCCGAGACUAUGUACGGCCAGACUAACUGCUUCGUUGGAGCGACGCUCGACUAUGGCCUGUUCACCGCAAAGGACGACGAGAUUUACGUCUGCACCUAUCGUGCCGCAAGGAACAUGGCGUUCCAAGAAAUCAUUACUCCACGAGAUAAUCCUGUCAAGCUUGCCGAACUCAAAGGCUCGCAGAUUAUCGGCACAAAGAUCAAGGCGCCGUUUAGCGUGAACCCAGAAGUGUACGUUCUCCCCAUGGAAGGCGUCCUCCCGACCAAGGGUACCGGCGUGGUCACUUCUGUCCCGUCCGACUCGCCCGACGACUAUGCUACACUCAUGGAUCUGCGGAAAAAGGCCGAGUUUUACAAGAUUGAUCCCUCGUGGGCGGCAUUCGACCCGGUUCCCGUUCUCUCCACGCCAACUUAUGGCGAGAUGAGCGCACCUGCUCUCGUGAAACAGUUGAAGAUUCAAAGUCAAAAGGACACGAUCAAGCUUGCCGAAGCGAAAGAGCUGGCGUACAAGGAGGGCUUUUACAAGGGUACAAUGGUGAUUGGAGAGUUCAAGGGCAUGCCUGUCGAGGAAGCCAAGCCAAAGGUCCGCGACGCAAUGAUCGCAGCUGGACUGGCGUUUGCGUACGCCGAGCCCGACCGGUUCAUCAAGAGUCGGAGUGGAGAUGAAUGCGUCGUUGCACUGAUGGACCAAUGGUAUCUGGAUUAUGGAGAAGAUGUCUGGAAGGCGCAAGCAGAAAAGCUCUUGGGUCGUAUGAACACCUACUCUUCCGAGACGAGGCACGCUUUCGAGGCUGUACUCAACUGGCUGAACAAGUGGGCAUGCGCGCGAACGUAUGGUCUCGGAUCGAAGCUCCCAUGGGAUCCUCAUUUCCUUGUGGAGAGCUUGAGUGACUCGACAAUCUACAUGAGCUACUACACUGUGGCCAAUCUUCUGCACGCCGACAUUGAGGGUUCAAAGCCCGGUCCGCUUGGCAUCCAAGCAAUUCAAAUGACGGACGAAGUCUGGGAAUAUGUUCUCGGAUCUGGUCCAUUCCCAGCAUCGUCCGAUAUUCCAGCUGCAUCCCUCAAGAAGCUUCGUCAUUCUUUCACCUACUUCUACCCUAUGGACAUCCGAUCAUCCGGAAAGGACCUCAUUCCUAAUCACCUGACGUUUGCCGUCUACAACCACGCCGCGUUGUUCCCCGAAGAACACUGGCCACUUAGUAUGCGUGCUAAUGGCCAUUUGAUGCUCAACGGAAAGAAAAUGUCCAAGAGUACCGGCAAUUUCCUCACGCUUCGUCAAGCGAUUGACAAGUGGGGUGCCGAUGCGACGCGCUUGGCCCUUGCAGACGCCGGUGAUGGUAUCGAGGACGCCAACUUUGAUGAUACCACGGCCAACGCGUCGAUUUUGCGUCUCCAUACCCUCAUUGGAUGGUGCCAGGAAGCCGCCGACGGAUCGUCUGGUUUCCGCACCGGCGAGUUUACUUAUCAUGAUCGCGUCUUCCAAGAAGAGUUUAUCAAUCUCGCCAACGAGACGAAGAAGCACUAUGAGGCGACCAACUACAAGGACGCUCUCAAGUCUGCGCUUUACGAAACCCUCAUGGCGCGUGACUGGUACCGAGAAGUCACCUUUGAAGAGGGAAUGCAUCAAGAUCUCGUGCUUGCCUUUAACCGGACACUCGCUCUCCUCAUUUCUCCCAUUACCCCUCAUACUUCCGAACACAUCUGGAAAGCCAUACUCAAGCAACCUGGUUCAGUGCAAACCGCCCGUUGGCCCGAGCCACCCGCGAAUUGGCAACCAUCGCCGGACUUGAUCGCCGCGGGAGAAUAUAUGCGCGGCACGCUCAAGACGAUGCGUGAUGCCGAGCUAUCUUUGGCGAAGAAAAAGGCCAAGAAGGGUACCGUUGGUGCCUAUGAUCCCAGCUCUGCGCAGAAGAGCGUCAACAUUUUUGUUGCGAGCAAGUUCCCGCAGUGGCAGGAUGACAGUAUCGAGAUUAUGCAGCGCGCUUAUGAUGAAAAGACGGGAACUGUCGACGAUGCAAAGAUCAAGGAGGAGCUUGCGAGCAAGGGCUUAUUAAAGGACAAGCGCAUUAUGCCGUUUAUUCAGAUGCAAAAGAAACGCAUGGCCCAACUUGGUGCCGAGGCAACGUUCCGUCGCCAACUCUUGUUUGACGAAGCAGAAGUGCUUACACUGCUCACCCCGUACAUUACGAAGAACCUCAAGUUGAUUGACGUGACCGUCAUGCGCGUCGAGGAUGCAAAGGAAGCCAAAGUCGCGCCAGAUAUGAUCAUCGAUACCGCAGAGCCUGGUUCUCCUGCAUUCAACUUUUACAACCCAUAG